GUUUUUGAUUUUUGAAAACAUCCUGUCAAGUGUUCUACUUCGAUUGCAGCUCGGAAAGAAAAAAAUAAAUUCACAAUAACGAUCAGCUGGUUUUCAAUUCUCUUGUUAUUAUCAGAAUCGUACGUUUGACAUUUACAUUUCAACUGGUCAGAUUGGAAUUUUCAUACGACGUUAUCGGGACCGUCGGGUUUGUUUGUGAUUUUAUUAACGCAAUAUCGGUUGUUAAAAUUUUGGAGAAAUUUUCGCUUUAUUUAAUUUAUCCCGAGUUUUAUAAUGUUUGUUUAUAAUUGCAAUGUUAGAAUGCGUAUAGACCGAAAAAAUCAAUAAUUAAAAAUAUAAUAUUUAUAGAGUGGUUCAAGAGACUUUUAAAAACGAUCGAAAGUCUGUGAUUUAUUAUAUUGAAGGAUCAACCCUUUGGCUGAUCUUAAAUCUACAACAAUAUGGUUUUCGAAUCAGUCGUCACCGAUGUCUUGAACAAAGUACUGGGGGAUUACAUCGAAAAUUUAGAUAAAAAGCAGUUGAAAAUUGGCAUCUGGGGCGGCGAUGUGGUGCUUCAUAAUCUGAAAAUCAAAGAAAAUGCGCUCGACGAGGUGGAUCUUCCAGUACAGUUGGUCUAUGGUUUUCUGGGCAAGCUGGUCUUAAAGAUACCAUGGAAGAAUCUGUACAGUCAACCAGUGAUUGCACAAAUCGAGGACUUAUACCUGCUUGUAACACCCAAACAGUCAGUGCAGUAUGAUGCUGAAAAAGAGGAAAAAUAUGAUCUACAAAUAAAGCAAGCCGCGCUUAAAGCGUUGGAGGAGGCACACAAAAAGGAAUUAAUGAAAAAUGAACUCAAACCAGAUGCUACUUUUUCCGAAAAGUUGACUGCACAAAUUGUCAAUAAUCUACAGGUGAAAAUAUCUAACAUUCAUGUACGCUACGAAGAUGCCUCUACCACCGGUGAGAACUUCGCACUUGGCGUUACGCUACAUGAUCUCGAAUUAUAUACUACUGAUGAGAACUGGGAGAAGUGUUAUCUGACGCAGCAAGUCAGCCGUGUGUUCAAAAUUGCAAAUCUCGACUCCUUGUCGGCAUAUAUGAACUGUAAAACCACCAUGUACUCAGCGUUGUCCAAAGAAGAACUAGCAGAGGUUUUUCGUAAAAAUAUCGCACAAAAAGAUGCGGUACCAGAGGACUACAAUUAUGUGGUUGGUCCAAUUUCGGUGAUGGGUAAACUGCAGCUAAAUAUGAAUCCUGAAUAUGAUACACCAGCUUUUGUGAUACCAAAGAUCGAUUUAGCCUUAGAAAUGCAAAAGCUGCGUGUCGGUUUGACGAGCACACAAUUCCAACAGGCUAUAAAAUUGGGUGAUUCCAUGAAUCGUAUGCAAUUGGGCGUGCGCUACCGAAAAUAUCGGCCCUUUAAUACGCCUUAUAAGAAGCAUUACCGUGAGUGGUGGAAGUUCGCCAUCAAUGCAAUUCUGGACGAAGACAUUAAAAAACGUAAUAGAGAAUGGACCUGGGAACACAUUAAAGAGCAUCGGCAGCUUUGUAAUACAUAUGCAGAGAGUUUCAAAGAAAAGGAACUAUCCAAGAAACCACCUGCUAGUCUCAUAGAAACAUGCACGUUGCUCGAGCAAAAACUGGAUCUAUUUAAUUUAGUUUUAAUACGCAAACGCGUGCAAAUUGAGGUGGAUAAAAUCAGAAAAGAUGAAGAAUCAAGGCAAUCACAAAAGAGCGGUUGGUUUGGUGGCUGGUUUGGUGGCGGCCAGAAAAAUGAUAAUGGAGAAUCUAAUGAUAUUGUCAAGAAACUUGAAGCUGCUAUGACUCCGGACGAGAAAGCAAAACUCUAUGAAGCUAUAGGUUAUCAAGAGGGCACACCACCGCCUGACAUGCCAGUACAUUAUGAGGCUAUAAAAAUGCAAUUUAAAUUACUGGCCUUGGAAGUUGGCUUGUAUGAUGACAGCGAUAUAGUGGGAAGAGAAAGCUUAAAAUUGGAUCAGCUAAAAACCCUUAUGCUGUUGAACUUCUCCAUGACAACGUGCGAUGUAACACAGCGCCCAGGCGGCAAUGCUAUAAGCGUCACUGUUGGCAUGCAUGAGAUUAAGCUUCUAGGCUUGCAUCAGAAUAAUACGGCACCCACCAUAAUCGAAUCUAAAACAACCGACGAAUUGAAUUUGCUUGAUGUGUUCUUCGAAACUAAUCCGCUGGACAAGAAAUGUGAUCAACGUAUUAGGGUAUCGGCGCGUCCAUUGCAGGUUGUUUAUGAUGCCGACACCAUUAUUCGGCUGGCAAAAGUAUUUACGCCACCAAAAGCAAAUUUAUCCGAGUUAGAAUUUGCUGCUACGGAACGUAUGGCAAACUUCAAAGAACGCUCGGCUACUGGUUUGCAAUACAUGAUCGAUUCGAAAUCUGCUUUGGAAAUAGAUAUUCAAUUUAUGCCGAAUAUAAUCAUUAUACCAAGUACGGGAAGAUAUGAUCCUAAGAGCAAUGAUAAUUCCUUAAUUGUUGUAACUUUGGGUAAAUUUCUUGUUUCGUCAACGCCGCACAAUGUUUCCUCCAGUGACCUGGCGGGUAUGCUACAAGACUCAAAAAUCGCUUUAUCUAAUGUUUUGGAACGUGCUUACGAUCAGAUUCAAGUCAGCAUUGCUGAUAUACAGAUGGUGGUUGCUAGACCUGGUGAAGAUUGGGAAAAUACUCUUGCUUCAGCUUUGCAGUCUGAUAUGCAUAUACUACGGCCGACAUCCGUGCUAUGUAACGUUUGCUUGUGUGCGGUCGACGAUGAUCCACGUCUGCCAAAAAUGAAAAUUGACAUUGAAUUACCAUCGAUUGCUUUGAACAUAACAGAAGACCGAAUGUUCGAUGCUUUAAAUGUUGUCACAAGUAUACCGCUGCCUGAAAGUGAGCCAGCACAGCAGUCGUCGAUCACAAGGGCCUUAAGUACAGCCUCGUCGAAAUUGUCUUUGGCUAGCUUCUUGACACAAGAAAAAAAAGCUAAGAAGAAAUCAGACAAUAUCGAUCUCUCAACCGAGAUUAUACAAUACACGAAUUUAGAAUUGUCAUUCACUUUAAAAGAAUUUAUUGUUUCAUUAAACAAAUCGGUGCCCAUUAAAAAUUCACAUUCAAGUGGAAGUGUUAAUAAUGCGACAGAGUCGCCUACAGAUGCGACCGCAACACUUGUUGAAUCGCCACAGGAUUCCAAUGUUUUUGGUACACCAGUUGAUGAAAUGCCAAACGAUAUCGCAUUCGGAAAAAUAGUCAGCUGCACUUCUGCAGCUUGUACAGUUGAAACCAUUCUUUCUUUCCAUGUGUUGGAGCUUGGUGUAAAAAUGUAUCAACGCACCUAUGAAAUGGUAGUGGAAGCGAAUCUUGGUGCUAUCAACUUAAAGCGUCAUGGAUCCUCCGACAGUACUAAUUAUCAGUUGGAUAUUAUCGAUACACCGAGAUUCUCCGAAGAACUCCAAUAUUUGUUAACCGUUUCAUAUGUAAUGGCCCAGCGCACCGCUCCAGAAUUCUUUACCAAAUACAAUGCUACAGAGCAAUUGAUCAACAUUAACUUUUCAACUUUGAAUAUAACAUUGCACCAAGAAGUGUUGCUGCAAUUACUUGAAUUAGCCGAUUCUUUCCAACGCAAAUUGGAAACUGUACUCAAAUCGACUCAAGUCGCUGAUCCAACACCAAAAGAUCGCAUAGGUACUGCCGGGGACACAGGUAUUCUUAGCAAACUCACUGUUAUCGCAGAAGAAAGCGAAGAGGACGGUGUUCUUGCUACUCUGGCCCCUACCAGAGGUAGACCGCAACGCCAAGGAAAGGUUGUCGACAGUAUACAGAUCCAUGUGAAAGCGAAGCUGGAACAGGUCUCUCUGCUGUUGACAUGUUGCAAACGGCCAUUGGCUUCAAUGCAAGUACAGCAUUUCGAUGCAAAUGUAAUUUUGAAAUCCUCUUACACAGAGCUAAAUCUGCGUCUCAAGGAUAUCGUGGUGACCGAUUUGAAUCCGUUGACAAAACACAGUGGCAUACUUUCGAUUGUCGGGGAUAAUGCGCUUGAGUGCCAAGUCAUCAAAUUUAAUUUAGAUGAGACCUCCAACUACAAUUCCGAUGAUAUGCGCAUAACAGUUGCAAUUGGCGGCAUGAAAAUAGUAUUCUUGAACUGGUUCGUGACUGGUGUUUUGAGCUUCCUUAACAACUUCCAAACAGCACAAGCUGCGCUUGCCCAAGCCAGUGCUGCUGCGGCAGAUGCUGCCAAACAAAAUGCUAUGGUUGCGUACGAAAACGCAACUCGCAUGAAACUGGAUAUUAAAGUUAAAGCACCUGUUAUAAUCGUUCCAAUGGAUUCACAAAGUUUCAAUGCCAUUGUCCUGGAUCUUGGUUUCCUUUCAUUAAAUAACGUGACAACUGAAGUGGAAGUGCCACGAGAGAGUCGUCGCGCUGUUCUCGAUGAAAUUAAGCUCGAGUUGAAAAAUAUGCGCUUGGCCAAGGCAGCCAUUUUGUUAGAACAGUCUCGUAGAUCCUCAGUCGACACUGUUGAUAUGGCCUAUGGCAUUAAAUCGCAUCUGAACAUUUUGGAUCCGGUUAGUUGUGCUUUGAUUGUUAAACGCAAUUUAUCUAGUACCUGGUAUAAGGAGGUGCCAGAGAUGGACAUUUCAGGACAUUUGAAAUCGAUUGAGUUCAAUCUAUUUAUGGAAGAUUACGCAGUUAUAAUGGCAAUAUUGAAUCGCAAUUUGAGUGAAGGCGUAGAUGAAUUUCCUCCGAUUGAGGAACCUGAGCAGCCUGCAACACCCAAGCCAUCGCCUGACUUAAGAACACAACAAUCAAAAGUGGACAUUGAACCUAAUGCUAGCAACACUCCACCUAAACGCAAAAUCUUGGCUGCGGUUAAUGAAUCGGGCGCUCCUCAAAAGAAUACUGUACAUGUUCAAAUGAAAUUUAGUUUUCUCUUUGACGGUGUUGUUAUCAAUUUGCUUUUGAACAAUGAAGAGGGCCUAGCACGUUUUGGUUUAUAUCUUUUAUCACUGAAGGGAAACAAACUAGUGGAUGGAACACUCAACACAUCCAUUGUGCUCUGUAAUAUUCAAAUCGAUGAUACGCGUAAAUCAAAUAAAAGUCCAAUUAAGAAAUAUCUUUGUCGAAAAGAUUGGAAUGACUCUCAGUUGCAUAGGCAAUCCGAAAAGCCGACUGAAGUGGUAGAUUCCUGUAAAACAGAGCUAAGCUAUAUGUUAGACUUAACGGCCAGCAUUAAAGAGGAUGAUGUGUUUGCGGAAGUACGUGUUAGCAGUUUUGAUUUGAUUUUAUGCGUCGACUAUCUCUUGAAACUGGCUGAUUUCUUCAAACUCCCUGAAGAAACCGAACCAGUGAACUUAAAGAAGAAAAAUGAGUUGAAAUCUCCAACUACUCCUGUAGCAACAAAUACAGUUCCUAAAGUGAACCCUAAAUCAACGACGAACACUGUGCAGCCCAACAAACCAGUUGAUAAUAAUAAAAAAAUGAACUUAAUUUUACAUAUCGAAGAGCCUGACAUAAUAUUGGUCGAAAAUCUCGACGAUAUGAAUUCCAAUGCCAUCAUAUUCAAUGUGCAGGCGCAGCUCAAUUAUCGGGCAAUUGGGGAAAGACAAAAUAUAAACGGACAAAUCGAUUCAUUGAAAAUGUAUAUGUGUUCAUUUAUGCCGGAGCGUCGUGAGGCCACACGGCAUUAUAUUCUACAUCCAUGCAUGAUUAGUUUGCAUGGCUCAACACCCGAAGAGGAAGGCUUGCACGUCAGUCUGAAACUGAGUGAUAUUAUGCUCAAUGUCUCGCCAGCUACCAUUGAAUUGUUGAACAAAGCUAUGCGUAGUAUAAGUGCAGAAAAUGCUCAAAAAGAUACAGACCUUAGACUCGAAACUGAUUACAGGCAACUGUGGUUAGAAGAGCCUAUAAAUGAGAGACGUUAUUGGUUCUUAAAAGCUGAUCGGGCAAUUGAUGCAUUGGAGUACAUAGAGAACCAAUUGUUGACGGAAGUACAAAAACGUAAAACUGAAAGAUGCGUUGUGGAAGUUCCUAAUAUUACACUUGUCAUCGAGACAGGUAUUGGAUACUAUACCAAGCCCCUCAUAGCGAUUGACACCCGCUUGAAUGCCAUCAUUAGUGACUGGAGUGACGAUUUGAAGAUUCGUGGCUCUCUCACACUGAGCACUAAUUACUACAACGAAGCAUUGGCUGUGUGGGAGCCCAUAAUUGAAAUGAAUGAGCACAUCAAUCGCAAUGGAGAGCAGGAGUAUUUGCCAUGGGAAUUAACCUACAAAGUGGACAUCAUAAAUCAAAAAAAUGAAGCUGAAGUUGAAGAGGAACCAGAAGAAGAAGAAACUGGCAAAGUUACUCAAAUCGCUAUACAUUCAGAUGAAGAUUUACAAUUUACAGUUACGAAGACAUGCUUAGACCUGCUUGGUGUUUUGGGGGAGGCAUUUUCACAGGCCAUACAAAUUGAAGGCCUCACCAAACCAGAGGUGAUAGCACCUUAUGUGGUGGAGAACGACACUGGUUUCGAUAUUUCGAUAAACUUUAGGCGAGGCAUAUUCACCUUGCACGAAUGCCACUCGCCCAAGGCAACAGUCGCAAAUUCACUGAAUAGUUCACUUAUAUUCGCAGCUGAGGAUGCUGAUGCAAACUUUUCCCCAGAGCAAGUGAGGAAUUGUACGAUUUCGCCGGGUGGACGCGCCUAUUUACAAACAAAAGACUUGUCUACAAUCACCAACGAAGAAGAUGAGGAAUAUAAUUUGUAUGUGCAGGUGGGUGGAAUAGACAAGGAGGUUGUGCUGCCAGUUUCCAAAUCAGAUCAGCGCUACUUCCCAUUAUAUCGCGGUUCAAAUCAAGAUCCUUGGGGCAUUGUAUCAGAAGUACGCUCCGAGUAUGGGACUACAAAAAUCAAUAUACAUGGUGUGGUCAAAGUACACAAUCACUUCACUACCACUUUACUUAUACAUCGCUCGAAGCCAGGGGUGGGAAGAGAAAAUAUUUUGGUUGGAAAAGUAUUGCCAGGAGAGAUCUUCCAUGUACCACUCCAUGCUAUUUAUGCAGAUAAUAAAGAUUUGCACUUCAGCUUAGAGGGCUACAACAUAUCUGUACAGGGCAUUAAAUGGAACGAUUGCCCAACCGAUCUCGAGUAUUCAAGACAUUUACAAUGUGAUCCCUUAAACACCUUCGAAACUUUUUAUAUUAAUGUGAAGCGUGUUAAAACGGAGAUAUUUCAUGAGCAUAGCGACAAAUAUACGAUACUCAGCGCCUACUACACUUUGCAUCUACGUCCGCCAGUUUACCUAUGCAAUGCAUUACCCAUAAGUAUAAGUGUUUCUGUAGCUGGCUGUAGUGUUCGAAGUGCUGAAGCUGAGAAUGUCGAAAGGAAUGUGACGAGUGCUGUGAAGGAGGACAUGCUGGAUUACGGCGAGAAAGAAGUGGCACCGGGUGAUGUACUACAUUUGCCCACAGUGAAAUUGAGCAGCAAGUCACGUGAAAACCGCAGUUUCCUCGUUGUGCGGUUAAUCCAAUAUUUGGAAAAGGAUUGGUCAUGUACCACCGAAAUAUCUGAAGAUCACAAUGACAUGGCUACCUGGCGCUUUAGUUCCUACGAUUCGGAGGCUAAAAUGGAUAUGGAUUUGUGUGUUCGUUUUGAAGAUCGUCAGGGUGCCUUGCAGAUAUCACUCUACAGUCCAUUCUGGAUGAUCAACAAAACCGGUUUAAUGUUAAGCUACAAAACUGAUGCGGAGACCGUUGAUGUGCUUUAUCAUCCACCAGAAUAUAAUGGACCCAUCUUAUUUUCCUUCCGCGAGAAAUUCUUCUUCGACAAGAAAGCGGCUACGAUACGUGUAGAUAAUGGCGAUUGGAGUAAUAAGAUUCCAUUAGACGUUGCUGGGUCGAUGGGCGCAGUUACUUGCAAAUCGAAAGACACGCCAUACCAGAUAGGCGUGCACAAUCAUUUGACUUAUAAUUCACUUACGAAAAUGAUCACAUUCAUACCAUUUUAUAUCGCAAGUAAUAAAUGUUAUUUCGAAAUAGAUCUGCAGGAGCAAAGUAGGCCUGGUGACCCAUGGAUGAAUGUAUUGCCCAAUUCUUGCACUCCCCUGUGGCCUAAAGACGAUUCCGAUUUAAUGCUUGUCGCUCGCGUUCUUGGUCAAUGCACACCUGCAUUCAAAUAUUCUGAGGCGCAAUGUACACUCCUAAAACUGCCAGGCAAUAAGCACGGCGGUAUUAAUGUAGAUGUACAAGCUACCGAGGGUGGCGUUUAUAUCAUCUUCUCUGAAUUUAAUCCAGGUGAUGCGCCCGGUUUGAUAAUGAAUCAUACGAAACUACCCAUUGUAUAUCAAGAAAAGGAUGUCAAAGAUAAUGUGGUACUAAAACCACACACGAGACUGCUACAUGCAUGGUCACAUCCAUCAGGUGAAAAUAGUAUUGUCUUCGAUAUUGGUGAGAAAAUUACCGAAAAGAGCAAAACCAAAGGAGAAACAGAUUUAAGACGCGAUCAAAUCGGUGAAAUGAAAUUACAUGACGGUUCGAUAGCGUACUGGGUUACAUUUUUGGAUGGUUUGCAGAGGGUACUGCUCUUCACUGAAGACAUUGACAUUGCUAAAAAACUAGAAGGCAGCGCAACUAUACAGAAGAUUACGCAGUCGGUUGAAGUACGCAUUCAUGGUAUUGGUUUUUCAUUGAUAAACAAUAUCAUUGGCACCACCAUUUUGUACAUGGGUAUAGCGAGCUCAGGUGUGAUUUGGGAGCAAAAGAAGGGUUCAAAGCACUUUAAACAAAUGAAUAUACAUGAAACUGCAGAGCUUGAAGAACAAUACCAACAAUAUUUGGUCGAUCGCAGCGUAAAUCAAGUGAAGAAAUACUAUUUGGAUAGCAAACAUGAGAUCGAUUUUAUAAAUAUGAUUCUGAAGAAGAAUAAAGAACGCGAAAUCCAUCGUACCUUUUAUCCGGGCGUUUGGUUUAAGAUGAGAACUUCUCCCUAUCAAAUGCAAUUGCAUGCCAAGAUCAACAAAAUUCAAAUUGACAAUCAAUUAAAUGAUUACAUUUUCCCAGUUGUGUUGGCGCCGAUUCCGCCACCUAAAAGUGUGGCCACAACGAUCGUUCUGAAACCGUUUAUCGAAGUCAGUGUGGUACAGUGGGUAGUGCCCAACUCUACCGUUAAGCAAUACAAAUACGCUACCAUGCUUAUACAGGAAUUCCACUUCAAAGUCGAUUUAAUAUUCCUCACAGCUCUCGCCGACAUGUUCGCGGCGAAAGUGAGUGACGUACAAGCGGCGAAACUCUUCAAUAUGAAUGUGGAAUCCAUUGAAAAGCCACUUUCUGAUCUGGUGGAGACACAUUCUGCGCAGGAACAAAAGAAUUUCUAUGAUAACUUGCAUCUUGGCCCAAUUAAAAUACAUGUUAGUUUCUCAAUGGCUGGCUCCGAUACGACAGCGUUGCCCGGAAUACUGUCUACGCUGGUGCAAGGCGUCGGAGUAACGUUAACCGAUGUGAAUGAUGUUGUUUUCCGUUUGGCUUUCUUCGAACGUGAGUACCAGUUCUUCACUCAACAGCAGCUGACUUCGGAGAUCACAGCACAUUACACUGGUCAAGCGCUAAAACAGUUAUAUGUGCUCGUGUUGGGUCUGGAUGUGCUUGGUAAUCCUUAUGGCUUAGUUGUAGGCUUAAAGAAGGGUGUCGAAGAUUUGUUCUAUGAACCAUUCCAGGGUGCUAUUCAAGGACCGGGUGAAUUCGCUCAAGGUCUAGCGCUCGGUGUUAAAUCGCUCUUUGGACAUACUGUAGGCGGCGCAGCAGGUGCUGUUUCAAAGAUAACUGGUGCAAUGGGCAAGGGUCUGGCUGCACUCACAUUUGAUGAAGAGUAUCAAAAGAAACGACGCCUACACAUGAAUAAAAAGCCACAAACGUUCUCUGAAGGCAUCGCGCGUAGCGGCAAAAGUUUGGUUAUGGGCUUCGUGGAUGGUGUAUCCGGAGUUGUGACCAAACCUGUUGCUGGUGCGCGCGAAGAGGGCGUUGAAGGCUUUUUCAAGGGAGUUGGAAAGGGCGUAAUUGGUUUUGUGGCUCAACCCACUGCCGGUGUAGUUGAUUUUGCUAGUGGCAGCUUUGGUGCUGUGCGUCGAGCAGCUGAGGGGCAACAUGAUAUAACACGCCUGCGGGCGCCACGUUACGUACAUCAAGACAACGUUGUACGUCCAUAUUGUCGUGCCGAGGCCGAGGGCAAUCGUGUGUUCAAAGAAAUCGAGAAGGGCAAAUAUGCUGGCACAGAUGUAUUUAUUCACUGCGAAGAGUUGGUACCGAAGCAUGAAUUCCUGGUCGUUUCGAAUCACCGCAUUAUACACGCAACAAAGAAUGAUCUUUUCGGUACAUAUACGGUACAAUGGAAAUACAGAUUUGAAAACAUCGACGCAUUUACACCCACAGAAAAGGGACUGGAAAUCAGACUGAAAAAGCAAAACAAAAAAGUCAUGGGCAUGUUUUCGAGUAGCGAAGUGGUCCGCAAGCAAGUGGUCAUUAAGGAUUUAAAGCGGCGUGACCGUCUAAUUGAAAUUUUGGAAUCUCAACACAAGAAAGUGUAACAUUUUUGGCCGUUCAAUAGGCGCUCUGAGCUUUAGUGCAUGGAGUCGUAACUGCGGCUUCAAAAUUGCACUGCUGCUAGCUACAUAAGCAAACAAAAGCGCUUAAAAGCUGCAAAACGCACCACUUAAACCAAACAAAUGCUAUAAAAAAAUUCAACAUCGACUCGCAACGUACCGAUAAAUAUUAUUAACAAACAUGAACUAUGAAAACUUAUAUUUUGAAAUACUGAAAAGAGCAUGUUGCUAUUUUAUAAAGUGAAGCAUUCUAAUUUAUAACCUUUUUUUAACAUGAAUUUUACAUUGCAUAUACAUCUUUGCUAUAUGUAUAUGUAUCGAAUGUAUGGAACGUCCGAGUAUAUUUAAUUAACUAACUUAAAUUAAAUAUUUUCCUUUACAUAUUGCUUUACAUCACGAGACUACCUCGUUGUUACUGCUACAAAAAGAGAGAUAUGCUUAAAAUAUUUUCUUUUGUGAAUUACAAUAUUUUUUUAUACAUAUAAAAUAACUGAGACACAUAAAUAGUGCAUUACAUAUAUACACAUUCAUUGAAAUAGUUAGCGUAAAUCAUAUAUGUACAUACAUAAUUUUGUUACUGGAAAUUCUGUGAAUAAAUGCAAACGAUAUUAUUGUUGUAGUUACAUAUAG